UACUAUUCAUCCAUCAGACUGAUUCGGAUGCUCGAUGCGCGCGUUCCGUUCUUCGGUAUCGGCGAUAUAAUACGCGGUGUUUUAUCGGUGAAGCAAGGUUCGAUUGCUGAGAUUCCUCGUAUCAGGGAUGUGCAACUCUAGCAGUCGUACUUAGUCCUUUUCACGGAAAUUGCAGAUUACCGAGUCGCAGAGUGUUAGUGUGUUAAACGGUGAUCGUAAAUUCCAGCCAUUGUCAGGUCCAUGUUUCAGUAGCAAAUGGUGAAUAAUACGUCAGAACAAUCGACAAAAGUGAGCAGUGAUUCUCGGUUUGAUUAAUUGAAAAUUUGUUCCGGACGUGUGCGAUUGUCACGGUGAGCAGCGAAAAUUCGACAGCAUUUCGUCAUUCAUAGAACCUUUUGCUGUAGUAGUUCCGAUUUGUAUAAAGCCUGAAUUAGUCAGUGGAUGCGCUACGACGCUUAACACACAGUGGAACAGUGACCUUGGAUCAUUGGCCGAAAUUUACCGACAGCAACGCAUGAGGUGCACAGAAUGGUCAGCAGAUAAGAUCGAUUUCUUAUCACUCGAAGACCAAAAUAGUCAAACAGCAGCUAUCCGAAAAUGGUUAUUCCACGUCUAAAAAGCACGUGACACGAUACCAGUUUCGAUACAAACAGCUGUGAUAAUCUGUGUCCUGACGUUGGCAAGAACCGCACCCGGAAGCUCACAUGUGUGCCGGCAAUUAUGGAGCACCCCCAAGACCAGCAAAAUCAGCUGGAAACACAAUCGGUUAAUCCGGUUCCAAACCGGCGGGUUAUAAAUGACCUACACUUUAACGCAAUUAACACCAAUUAUCAUAAAAAUCAUGCAAAAGCGAACAAUAGCAAUGUGGUGGUACAGAGCGAUGACUCGAAAAUCCUGUUGCUGCCUUCAAACCAUCGAAAAUUUAUAAUCGUUCCAGCGCAGCCGUCCAGCGCUAUCGGAAGUGGAAACACGGCUGCGGCAGCUGGAAGCUUUACUCAUCACGCUUCAAGCCAUAGUAAUAGUAAUAAUAAUACCAGUACUAGUAAUAUCGACGGAAGUACACAAACUAGUCCAAACAUCGCCAGUUCGUCUAGUUCCAGUCAGGCAGUAGCAAAGUUCGAAAUCGGAGAAGGCUCCUCGAGUGGACCCAGUUCAGUUUUGUCUCCAGCAUAUCCACUGGCAACGAGCUCGAAACCAAAACAGUUCAACAGUUUAAGAUCGGUACGUUCUGCCCACGAUCGUCAAGCAAUCGCCGAUGCGCACGCGGCCCCACCAAUCGCGCGGACGGGCUCCUACAUUUUUAGUGAAUCUGGCGGAACUGCACGGUUGUUUUCCGAUGCAACUUCGAUCCGAUCACUGGCAUCGAUCGGGGUCGGUUCCACCGAUGGCCGACGGAUGGUGAUCCGACGAGUACCGAAUUCGCCAACCGAACUGCUGACUAUCAUCAACCCGCCAACACCUCCGGAGGAACCGUACGAUAAUGAGAGUUACGGCGGUGUUUCGGACGAAUCCGAGCUCGAUAAUCUGAAGCCUCGCAAACAGCACUGGGCCAGCAAAAUGCAAUUCGUUCUGGCAUGUAUAGGCUACUCGGUGGGUUUGGGAAACGUCUGGCGGUUUCCGUAUCUGUGUUACAAAAGUGGAGGAGGCGUAUUCUUGGUGCCGUAUUAUAUAAUCCUACUAAUCUGUGGCAUUCCUAUGCUGUUUAUGGAGCUGGCAGUUGGGCAGUACACGGGACGAGGGCCUAUCGGUGCACUUGGACAAUUGUGUCCAUUGUUUAAAGGCACCGGUCUGGCCAGUGUGGUUGUGUCGUUUCUCAUGUCAACAUAUUACAGCGUUAUUAUCGCGUACGCUAUCUACUACUUCUUUACAUCCUUUCGACCGGAUCUACCAUGGACCGAUUGUUCCCAUCGGUGGAACACUCCGGACUGUUGGGUGCCGGAACGUAUGAAGCACAACAUUAGCCGACCCGAGCUGUCCAGGACACCAACCGAGGAGUUUUUUGAAAAUAAAGUCCUUCAAAUUAGCCAUGGUAUCGAAUAUCCUGGUGGAAUGCGGUGGGAAUUAGUUGCAUGUUUGGUCUGCGCGUGGAUUUUGGUCUACUUUGCCAUCUGGAAAUCGAUCAAAUCGUCCGCAAAGGUACGUUAUCUCACCGCCACGCUGCCGUUUGUGCUGAUCAUCGUUUUUCUGGGCCGAUCGUUGACGCUGGAGGGUGCUGAUAAGGGACUCCAAUACUUCUUUCGCCCAAAUUGGCAGGAGCUCAAGAGAGCAAAUGUCUGGAUCAAUGCAGCUGCACAGAAUUUCAACUCGAUAGGUAUUGCGUUCGGCUCGAUGAUUUCGUUUGCCAGUUAUAACAAGUAUAACAAUAAUAUCCUUCACGACACGCUGGCCGUGUCAUUUGUAAAUGGAAUCACCAGCUUACUGGUGGGAAUAUUCGCUUUUGCAACGAUAGGUAAUAUUGCCAUGGAACAAAACACGACAGUUGAAGAUGUAAUCAGCGGAGGACCAGGAUUGAUCUUCGUAGUUUAUCCUCAAGCGUUAGCCAAAAUGCCAGCGGCUCAGAUGUGGGCUGUGUUGUUCUUCUUCAUGCUGCUUUGUCUGGGUUUGAAUAGUCAGUUUGCCAUAGUUGAAGUGGUUGUAACUUCCAUUCAGGAUGGUUUUCCUCGGUGGAUUAAGCGGAAACUGGUUUAUCACGAGCUGUUGGUGUUGAUUGUUUGCGCCGUAUCAUUCUUUGCCGGUCUGCCGAAUCUGAUACAGGGUGGAAUAUACUUUUUCCAACUGAUAGAUCAUUACGCGGCUUCCAUAUCGAUCAUGUUUCUGGCGUUUUUUGAGACAAUCGCUAUCGCAUGGUUUUACGGAAUCAAUCGGCUGUCGAAAAAUGUGAAGCAGAUGACAGGAAAGUUUCCCUCGUUUUAUCUUCGCUUUUGCUUACUCAUAGCUGUACCGGCUCUGCUAAUCUCAUUAUGGAUUUUCAGUUUGAUAAACUACGAAGCUCCCACGUAUCACAAUGGCAAGUACAUCUAUCCGGGUUGGGCUCACGGCCUGGGAUGGGCCAUAACAGCAGCUUCACUAAUUUGCAUUCCUGCAUUCGCGAUUUAUCAAAUCGCGCGAGCGGAAGGAAGUACAUUAGGACAGAAAAUUAUGAACACCCUGAAACCUAACCUGUAUGAGUGUAAAGUCUGUGGCGAACAUCAUUGUGAUCACGACUUUCCCGACGAUAUGAACGGUUACGGGCAGGAGAUGGCACUAGUCGACUCAACGUCCGGUGCGCCGUUGAUUUUGCAAGCCCCGCCAUUAGGAAAUCAGGCUGCCGCAGAUCAGCGUGCAAUCGAAAGUUCGAAUCUACAUCAAACAGGUGGCGACGAAUCGAAUACGGAAAGGAGGUAGAAUCAAGCACUCCGCUUGGACUGUUCAAAAGAAAUCUAAUCCUCAACCGCAAUCCCUCUAAACAUCAUCAGUCCACGAUCAAUCGAAACCCAAAUAAGCGAGUACCGCAAGGAAAAAGACAACUAGAUAGCUUUAUUACGUUCCGACAAACGAACAUUUAUUACUUUUAAUGUACUAUACAUGUGUAAUAUUUAGCUAAAUCCAUUGUAAAUGUGAAAUUUUACCAAACGUUGUGACGCGAAAACUUCACUGCUGAUGGAAUCGAAUAAA